CCAUUUGGAACCAGCCAAUCCACUGCCAGGAGAGCCCAGGACAGCCAGUGAAGGGGCGUGGCCCGAUGCUGUCACUCAGCGGUGAGGAAUGACACUCUGAUGGGAGGGGGGGGUACAGUGGAGCGCAGAAGCAAAGAGAAGAAACAGAUAAAACCCGGGCAGAGGGUAAAAAGGUGUCCCCGCUCUUCUCCGAUUUUAAGGGCCUCAGCUGUCACUGAGGGCGCCAGAGGAGUAGGCUCCGGAAGAGCCAGCCCAGAGGGGAAGAGGGAGGACCCGCCAGGAGCGAAGCCCUACAGGCCGGGAAGACAGAGGCGCACAGAGAAAGUGACUUGGGCGGUGCGCCCCGGCGGCGCUCCGGGGGCGACCGCAGUCGCGGAGAGAGGACCCUUGACAAUUCUCGCCGGCUUCUCCCCCGGGGGGCAGACCCCGGCCGGCCCCCAGAGGGCCACAGGCGAAGAGAUAAUCGGCCGGGCUGUAGGAGAAGAGCAUCUGGCGCUAGAUUCCGGGGGAGGGGGUCCUGGCGAAGUGGGCCUGUGAGGUGGGGUGAGGGUCGGCGCGGAUCCUGGAACUGAGGGGGGCGGGGGCUGCUGUGCUGCGCAGGAGUGGGCUGCGGGGGCCUGGCGCGCGCCCCUCUCACUCGCGCUGCGGUCGCCCAGCGCUCCGUGUCAGGCUCGAAGCCGUCCCCGCGCCCCAGCUGCCCGCCCAGCUGCCGGCUCCGGUCCACGGCGCAGAUGGCUGUGCGCAGCAGCAGCAGCACCUUGACGCCCUUCUCCAUCCAGGCGAUCCUCAACAAGAAAGAGGAGCGCGGCGGGCUGGCUGCGCCCGAGGGGCGCCGGGCACCAGGGGGCACAGAGGUGGCAGUGGCCGCGGGGCCCGCCGUCUGCUGCUGGCGGAUCUUCGGGGAGACCGAGGCCGGUGCGCUGGGGGGCGCCGAGGACUCUCUGCUGGCGUCUCCGGCCCGAGUCAGAACAACUGUGGGGCAGAGUGCGGAGAGCCCCGGAGGUUGGGACUCGGACUCAGCCCUGAGCGAAGAGAACGAGGGCAGGAGGCGCUGCGCUGAUGUCCCGGGAGCCAGUGGAGCUGGCCGCGCCAGGGUGACUCUGGGCCUGGACCAGCCGGGCUGCGAGCUGCACGCAGCCAAGGACCAGGAGGAGGACGUCCCGGUCCGCAGCGACAGCGAGAUGUCAGCCAGCGUUUCAGGCGACCACAGCCCGAGAGGCGAGGACGACAGCGUUAGCCCUGGAGGUGCACGAGUACCCGGGUUGUGCGGCGCCGCGGGCAGCGGGGCUAGCAGCGGGCAGGCGGCCGGCGUGGAGGAGGAGGAAGAGCCCGCAGCCCCUAAGCCCCGAAAGAAGCGCUCCCGGGCCGCCUUCUCUCACGCCCAGGUCUUCGAGCUGGAGCGCCGUUUUAACCAUCAGCGUUACCUGUCCGGGCCGGAGCGCGCAGACCUGGCAGCUUCGCUGAAGCUCACAGAGACGCAAGUGAAGAUCUGGUUUCAGAACCGUCGCUACAAGACCAAACGCCGGCAGAUGGCCGCCGACCUGCUCGCCUCGGCACCCGCCGCCAAGAAAGUGGCCGUAAAGGUGCUGGUGCGUGACGACCAAAGACAGUAUUUGCCCGGAGAGGUGUUGAGGCCACCUUCCCUUCUGCCAUUGCAGCCCUCCUACUACUACCCCUACUACUGCCUCCCGGGCUGGGCGCUGUCCACUUGCGCGGCCGCUGCUGGUACCCAGUGAAGCGCUUGGGGUGAGGCAGAGAAGGAUUCCUGAACCCCCAAUUUGCACCGCCCAGGACAGGUGUAGAGAUUGUACUCUGCGUAGGAGAGCUCUGCCCAACUGGGGAUGGGGCAGGUGGAGAAUGAAAUCCUGUUGGGACUCUCCUACCCGGGGUGACAGGGCCGUGGAACUGAGUCUGCCCAGAGAGGUCGCCUUAUUGCCCUUUGAACAGCUGCGCCCUAUGACCCCAGGCGCUCUACACUGGGGCCAUCGAUCCGCAAGCCUCGGGACGCUAUUUAUUAUCACAACAACGUUGGAUUUGGAUUCUGUCUGUCUGGGGAUGGUGUUUGCCCAGAGUAGAGAGGACUCCUGGAGACCCCCCCGGUAGCCUGAAUCCUCAGAAUCUCGGGUCGGCCAGGCGUUUCUGGCGCUAGGCCACACUAGUUCAUGGUAUCCAUGCUACCGAUCUGUAUCUACGUAUCUUUAAUGUUUGGAAAUUACAUUUGUGACAAAGGAGUGCAGAAUCCUUUCAGCUCCAGGCCAGGAGUUGAAUGAACCUCGAAGGGUUUGAUUUGGGGGAACCUCCACUCCACCCCACGCGGGGCGCCCUCCUGGAUGCUGAAUGUAAGAGUGGGAGCCUUUCAGCGCGGGGGAGGCAGGUCAGGGAUUCCCUACACUUUCUCUUUCUGUAAAUUCAGGGCCACACCCAAAGGGAAAGUGCCUGGGAGACCCACAAAGAGGGCCCACCGCCAACGUAAAAGCCCCUUUCGGAAACCCGCCUUUCUUUCUUUCUUUCUUUCUUUCUUUCUUUCUUUCUUUCUUUCUUUCUUUCUUUCUUUCUCUCUCUCUCUCUUUCCUUCCUUCCUUCCUUCCUUCCUUCUUCCUUCCUUCCUUCUUCCUUCCUUCCUUCCUCCCUUCCUUUCUUCCUUCCUUCUUUCCUUCCUUUCUAUUUUCAAAGACGGUUGAGACUUGUAGCACUUUUCGGUUGUUUGUAUUCAAAUAACGAUUAUUUUUGUAUUCAAUGUGAAUAUCCCUGGCCUGCGUUUCUGCGUAUUCCUUCACCUUCCCUGCCUCUCUCUUUCAGCCCCUACACCUUCUGUGCCUUGCUUGUUACUGAGACUGCGUGUCUCAGUCAGCCUCGCAGCUUUUCGCCUCUUUAAGGGCACUGUGCACUCAACUAGAGUUAUCUUUAAAAGAUUUGUGAAUUUUGGAAACUCUAUUCGCUGUAUUUUUUCUCUUUAAUUUAUAAAGUUUAGUUGAACAUGC